GAUACAAACAAAUUUUCCUAUAAAUACAUAUUUAUGAAGAAUCGUCAUUAAUUUCCCGGAUUAAUCUUUUCCGGGAGUUUAAAACCAGAUUGAAUCGACAUUUCUUUCAGUUAAGUGUGAUGUUAACGUUUAAUGUCUAUAUAAAUUAUUCAUUAUCGCAUAGCGCUUUUUUAAGCAUGACUUAAACGAAUAUAAUAAACGCGUUGAUAUGUUUGUUUAUAAGAAAAACAGAUUCCUCAAUCUAAAUAUUAAUUACACUUUUAUGGCGACACGGGUUUCUUAAUUCAAUUUAAAGUUUCAGUUAUAGAUUUACGUAACGAUUUUAUUUACAUUUAUUAGGAUUAGAAAAUUGUAUAAGGAUUGAGAAAGAAUUUUCUUUGUAUCAUGAUAUUUAUAUUUUAACCCACAUGUAAAACCAAUUUUCAUUGUCUCCUUUAAAUGGUGAGAUUUUAUUAUAUAAAAGCUGUUUGAGAGUGUAUGCUUAACAUCAUUUGAUUAAACGUAACAUUACAGUGUGGUGUCGAGAGAAGAAAAUAUAUAUUUUUUUUGUUCAAAUAUGGCGGGUAUCAAUAACAUAGUAGAUUUUUACAAUUAUCUGAUGGAAACUAAAAGUGAUCCGAGGACAUCCGAUUGGUUUCUAUUACAAUCUCCUGGUCCUCUGGUCACGAUCUUGGUAACUUAUCUAUACUUUUGUAUAUGGGCUGGACCAAGGUUUAUGAAAGAUAGAAAACCAUACGAAUUAAAAACAGCAAUUAUUCUUUAUAAUGCUGUACAAGUCGCGAUGAGUUUAUUUUUAGUAUACGAAGGCAUCCGUGGUGGAUGGUUCAACGGAUAUAAUUGGUCUUGUCAACCAGUUGAUUAUUCAAAUGAUCCUAAAGCAUUAAGGAUGGCAUCGGCAGUGUGGUGGUACUUUAUUUGUAAAAUCAGCGAACUUUUAGACACUGUUUUCUUUAUAUUGAGAAAAAAGACAAAUCAAGUGACUUUCUUGCACAUUUACCAUCACAGUAUGAUGCCGGUGUGCAGUUGGAUUGGCGCGAAAUUCUUACCAGGUGGUCAUGGUACACUUCUUGGAUUAAUAAAUUCUUUUAUCCAUAUCAUAAUGUAUACUUACUACAUGGUAGCAUCAAUGGGACCACAAUAUCAAAAAUAUUUAUGGUGGAAAAAAUACCUCACAAUGAUGCAAAUGAUUCAAUUUUGUAUAGUUUUUCUACAUAGUGCACAAGUGCUAUUUAGACAGUGUGAUUAUCCAAAAACCAUAGCUUUUUUACUCGCUUUUCAAGCAGUAUUUUUCUUUUAUUUAUUUGCUCAAUUCUUCGUUAAAGCCUACAUGAGCAAGGAAAAAGUGAAAACAACUGCAAAUGGUGUUCAUCAUAAGGAAGUGCAAGUUAAUGGUGUUGAAACUAAUGGAAUAGAAUUGAAUGGGUUACUUAAAACAAAAUUAAAAACGAAUAGUACGAUAUUGAAUGGUAAAACAAAUGGUACUGUAAACUACAUAGCAAAUGGAAAAAUUAAAGACAAUUAGUUUAUAAAUUUGUAAAUAAUAUAUUGAAUUAGUUGCUAUUAUAAUUUGUAUAGUUACGUUUAAGAGCAGAUUACGAUUAUGUAUUUAUUGUACCUUUUUGAUAUUGUACUUAUGUUGUUAAAUCUAAGGGGAUGUUAUAAUAUACAGCUCAAUAUGAAGUUA